AUGUUGCAAUGCUGCUCUAUGAAAUUAAUAUCAAGAGUGGAAUGUAGAAUCUCACCAUUGCCCGGGCAACAGCUGAGCCAUCUGGGAAGGCUUCCAUCUGAACUGUAUCCAAUACUCCAAAAUCACUGUGUCCAACAAUUAAGAUAUGGCAGAAGUGAAUCAAUGUUCCGAGAAGUUCCAAAACAAGGGCAGUUGUCUGUAGAAGAUGUAACCACAAUGGUGCUGUGUAAACCCAAACUUUUACCCUUAAAAUCUCUGACUCUAGAAAAACUGGAGAAAAUGCAGCAAGCCGCACAGGAUACAAUUCGCCAACAAGAAAUGGCAGAGAAGGAACAACAGCAAAUAACCCACUGAAUGAUGAUUUAGCACUUCCAUGAGCACCCCACCAUUUAAUAACUAGAAAAUAAUCUGCAUCUGUAUGCUGAAAAUAGUAAUAAAACCAAUAGUAUUCAUAUAAAUAAUACAAAAAUACCCAAGGCUGAUGCAACCUAUAUUGUGAAUUUU